AUGGGUGACUCGGAGAUUGGAGGAAGGUUGCCGGGGCUCUUAGAAGCUUACUGUGGGACGGGCGAACAUGGGACACAAUGGCGAUGUUGCAAAGUAAACGGUAAAUGUUACUACAAAGGCACGACGUGGAAGGAAGACUGUUUCAUUAAGCGGUGUGACGUUCAAAAGAACAAAUAUGGCAAGCUAGUGGCUACCCCUAAAAUUAUAAGUGGAGGUUGCAAAGUAAACGGCCAAUGUUACUACAAAGGAGAGAAGUGGAAGGAAAACUGUAACACUAUGCAGUGUUACGUUCAAAUGAAAGACAAUGGCAGGCUAGUGACUACCCCUACAAUUGUAAUUGCAGGUUGCAAAGUAAACGGUAAAUGUUACCCCAAAGGCAAGACGUGGAAGGAAGACUGUAAAACUAUGCGGUGUGACGUUGAAAAGAACGGAUAUGGCGUGCUAGUGGCUACCCCUAAAAUUAUAAGUGGAGGUUGCAAAGUAAAUGGUCAAUGUUACUCCAAAGGCAAGACGUGGAAGGAAAAAUGUUUCAUAAUGCGGUGUGACGUUCAAAUUAUAGGCGGGUACAAACUAGUGGCUACCCCUAAAAUUAUAAGUGGAGGUUGCAAAGUAAACGGUAAAUGUUACUUCAAAGGAGAGAAGUGGAAGGAAUACUGUAACACUAUGCAGUGUUACGUUCAAAUGAAAGACAAUGGCAGGCUGGUGACUACCCCUACAAUUGUAAUUGCAGGUUGCAAAGUAAACGGUAAAUGUUACCCCAAAGGCAAGACGUGGAAGGAAGACUGUGAAACUAUGCGGUGUGACGUUGAAAAGAACGGAUAUGGCGUGCUAGUGGCUACCCCUAAAAUUAUAAGUGGAGGUUGCAAAGUAAAAGGUCAAUGUUACCCCAAAGGCAAGACGUGGAAGGAAAACUGUUUCAUUAAGCGGUGUGACGUUCAAAUCAUAGACGGGUACAAGCUACUGACUACACAGAAAAUUAUAAGUGGAGGUUGCAAAGUAAACGGUAAAUGUUACUCCAAAGGCAAGACGUGGAAGGAAGACUGUAAAACUAUGCGGUGUUACGUUGAAAAGAACGGAUAUGGCGUGCUAGUGGCUACACCUAAAAUUAUAAGUGGAGGUUGCCAAGUAAACGGUCAUUGUUACUCCAACGGCAAGACGUGGGAAGAAAACUGUGUUACUAUGCGGUGUGACGUUCAAAUCAAAGACCAGUACUACUCGGCUACCACUAAAAUUAUAAGUAGAAAAUGCAAAUCUUCGUAUGGAAAAUGCAUUUCCGACGGGAAGUAUUUUCAACAUAAAAUUAACAACACGUUGUACACAUGUAAGUGUGAAAUCAAUGGCAACACAGCCAGUUUUAAACAGUGUUCUAUUCCAUAUUAA